AUGUUUCUCAUUUUCCUUCUAUAAUAGCCCCCACAGCACCUCAUUUGUCUUAAAUGAGAUAAAAUACCAGCAAUAGAUAACAAUAAGCAGGUGAAAACAAAUCAAAUAGUGCAGGUAAAUAGUAUCUUAUGCCCCUAUGUAGCAUCUUCUUGCAACUUAGUCACCCAGAUUUGCAUGGGAGCAUGUGCCCAAGAGCAAAGGCAAUUGCAGAACAAACAUGGCUCUUAAAUCCAUAGGUUUAUCAUUACAAAGCUACGUGGUGCUUUUGAAGGAAUGGCCAAUGGCUUUCUCAUGGAAGUAUGCGUUGAUUCAGUGGAAUCUGCUGUGAAUGCAGAAAGAGGAGGUGCUGGCCGCCUUGAAUUGUGUGCCAAUCUGAUGGAAGGAGGAACUACGCCUAGUAUAGGGCUUCUGCAAGUGAUGAAGCAGUAUAUACGGGUGCCCAUAUUUGUGAUGAUCCGGCCCCGUGGUGGGGACUUCCUCUAUUCUGACCGGGAAGUGGAGGUGAUGAAGGCCGACAUUCGACUUGCCAAGCAACAUGGGGCUGAUGGGCUGGUGUUCGGAGCCUUGACUGAGGAUGGGCGUGUGGACACAGAGCUCUGCACAGCGUUGCUGGCUGCUUCCCGCCCUCUGCCGGUUACCUUCCACAGAGCUUUUGACAUGGUCUAUGACCCUCUGGCAGCCUUGGAAACACUGAUAUCGAUGGGUUUCGAGCGAGUGCUGACUAGUGGCUGUGAUAGCUCUGCCUUGGAGGGGCUGCCCUUGAUAAAGCGGCUGACAGAUCAGGCUAAGGGCAGGAUUGUUGUAGUGCCAGGGGGAGGCAUAACUGAGAGGAACCUCCAGAGAAUCCUCGAAGGCUCCGGUGCUUCUGAGUUCCACUGCUCGGCGCGCUCAGCCAGCGACUCAGGCAUGAAGUUCAGAAACCCCAGCGUUACCAUGGGGGCCUACCUCUCUACACCUGAAUAUUCCCACAAGGUGGCGGAUGUGGCUAAAGUGAGGAACCUGAAUGCAAUUGCAAAGAAUAUCCUGUAGAACAAGAUUCUGUGGGACAGGAAGACCCAAUGCCCUGCAACCUGCCCAGCCCUUAGGCAUAGACAUUUCUACAGCAUCCUUCCCAGUGCUUAAAAGGACAUGGGCCCAUCAAAUGAAGAAGCCUUUACUUGUUUUUCCUCCUAUUCCCACUUCCUGGUCUUGCUCCACAGGGCCUUUCCCUUAAAUGUUGUGAAUGCCAUUCAUCUGUGGGGAACAAGCUGUGGGGAGGGAUGGUGCUUAGCUAUAGGGGCACUCACCAUUAGGCCACACUCCCUGUGACUAUCGUGUCUCAAAUAAACCCUAAAGCCACUCCAUGUCGCUGUAGCUCAUCUUCACGCAGAGACCAUGGCAAGGUAUUGCACUUCUUCAGAAAGAACCAUGCCAGGGUUGUGUCCUGGCCUGGGGAGGGCAUCUGGUAAGUGUUUCAGGCGGGCAGCAGGGGUGAGUGUGCUGAGGAUUGCAAGCUUUCUUCUUCCCAGUCCUGUUUCACUGAAAUGGAGGUCUUUGCCUCUUUGGAAUACAGGGAUCAAGCUGAGCUCUGCUCAAGAAAUUCUGCAAGAGUUGGGAGAUCUUUUCCUUAUGCAGAAUGGACAGGUUAGGGAGCAACAAUAACGUGGGAGAACAGUGCCACAGAAUUUGUCUACAAAACGUGUUUAAUGGACUUGGAAACGGUCAAGUUCUGGGUCCUGUCACACAUAGGGCAGGAAAGAGAGUGGAGUGAGGGUUGCCCUAAAAACAAAAUAUCUUGCCCUUGCAGCAUUUGCUUCCAUUUUUCAGAGAAUCAUAUUUAUUGUUGGUUAAAUUUUGAAACAGUUAGUUCUCUGGGUGGUGCACAAAUAAAUAAAAUACAAAGUAAAACCCACACAAUAACAGAUAAAACAGCACAGGAUAAAACCAAAAUAAAAGCAACAACAGCGGAUAAAAUAAUGCAAAAAUCUAAAAACACUAAAAAAAAUCAAUCUAAAAAGCCCAGAAAAAUAAAAAGGACCUCACUAGGUGCUUAGAAAAGAGCAUAAUGUGGAUGGUAGGUGAGCUUAUCUGGGAAGGAAAUUCCACAGGCAGGGCGCCACCACUAAAAAGGCCCUCUUUCUUGAAGCUACCCACCUUAACCUGUUUUGUUGGGGAACCUGGAGGAGGGCCUCAGACUUGGACCCAGGUAGGUAAAUAUGAGAAGAGAACAUCCAUCAGAUAACGUCGCCCCAAGCCAUUGAAGCUUUAACGUUUAAAACUUGCAUUUUGAAUUGGGCCUGGAAACAGACUGGUAGCCUUUGCAGAUGGCAAAGUACUGGCGUGAUAUAUAGCAUAAUAUAUAAGACUAUAUGUAUAUAUACACACACAUACAUAUAUCUCAAGGAGAGGAUAGCUCCUCAGGUGAGUUACUACAAGAUAUCAUCUUGAGGAUCCGAGGAGGGUCAGAGAAGUUCAGGAAACCUUUGUGUUUUCAUCUGACUCAGGUUAGGGGAGUUUCGGAGAUUCAAAGCCAAAUGCUAGUGUAAGUCUUACAUUGCAAAAAACAAUGAUGUUGUUUCUGUUGCUCAUUGAAAUCUAAAACUUCCUGCUCCCUUUAUACAAAGGGGGACCUUGGGAAAGGGGAAUAUUGAUGCAAUAGCCUGACAUACAUACAAAGUCAUAGUGAAGGAAUUACCCCAUCCCAUGGGACAACUACACAUUGGUCAUGUUCUACAUCUCAAUGCAAGAAUGAGCUGGGGACAAGAUUGCUGAGCACUGUGGAAAAGUAAUCUUCAUUCUCUUGUUUUCCUGUUCUCUAGGGUUGCAUGUUUAGCUCCUGAUUUUUAUCUGAAUGCUGCCCUAUAGUACAGGGGCAUUUGAUUAUCUAAUAAUUAACUGUGAGGGACUUAAAUUGCUUCUUCUAUGGACAUUGGACUCUUUUGUCAGGACUGAAUCACAGUUGCUUAUGGAAUUACUGAUUGCAUAAAGAAUGAGACAGCAGAA